GAGAAAGUCUGGUGUGAUCUCCUCUGUGGCAACUGCUGAUAAUGAUGAUUAAUUUGGUUUUUCCAACUGGCCUAAUUUUCCGCCGAGAUGUUUGGCACUGAUCGUGCGUCACCCCACUGAUCAUCUGGCAGCUCUGAUGAGAUGGGCCGUGCCUGGGCCUGGUGGGAGUCUGAGACAGAGUCCACCAGCGAGUCAGAGAGGAACAGCGACUUCCAGUCUCACCUCAGCUGGGAUUCAAGCCUGGAUCUGGACGUGGGGAGCUGGAGGAAUACUGAAGAAGUGGCCAUGGGGAAGCUAGAGGAGAGCAGCCGAGAGGCGGACUGCGAGCUGGACUUCAGUGAGCCUCUCUGGGAGGAUGAUGGUGAAGACUACCAAAAGGCAGAGACGCCACGUGAAGAUGACAGUCUUCUCCAGUUCUUCUCAGAGGUAACCCAGAUGUUGGAACCUCUCCGCAUUAGCAGCACAGAGUCAGUACAAACUCGGUGGGUUUAUUGUGGCUCAGGGAAGCAAAAUGAUGGGGAAGAUGUCAAGGGCCAGGAAAACACCACAGGGACAGCAGUCUCGGGAGCAGAGGAAAGUCCACUAUGUGUCCUGGCAGAAGAUGAGAAAGAACACUUCCCAGGAAGAGAGGACAAAACUCAAGAGACACCUGGAGAACAAGCUUUAGGUGAGGUGCAACCACAAGAGAUGAGCAGUCAGGCCCAGGAUCAGAAUGACAGCGGCAGCACCUCUGCAGCCCCCGUGCAGGACUCCAUGAGCCCUGUCAACACGCAGCUGGUGCAGCUGAGCUGGGAAAACCCCCUGCAGCGAUUGCUCUUCAAAAGGACUCUGUUGUCCAUCUGGAAGAUGAUAGCCAGCCACAGAUACAGCGGCCCGUUCCUGAAGGCAGUGUCAGAGAAACAAGCCCCUGGAUACAGGGAUGUGGUGAAGAGACCCAUGGAUUUAACCAGCAUAAAGAGAAGAUUGUCAAAGGGACACAUUCAGUCCAUGAUCCAGUUCCAGCGCGACCUCAUGCUCAUGUUCCAGAAUGCAAUGAUGUACAACAGCUGCGACCACCACGUGUACCGCAUGGCCAUGGAGAUGCAGCGAGAGGUCCUGCAGCAGCUGCAGAUGUUGGCUGAAGCCCUCCUGUGCCCAAGGGACCAGCUGGGGUGGGGGAGAAGGUAACAAGCCACGUCGGAGCCCUGUUUGUGUUGGCGCAGUGUUGUCUCCCUAGUUCAAGAGGUCUCCUGGGGCUUGGAUGUGCUGCCACUGCACUGUGGCCUGCAGCAGACCUAGUUAUCCCCCAGUGCACCUGCCAGGGCGGCGGGACGAGGGGCAAAGUGGUUUCUAGGAGGAGCACCAGGAAAGAAACCUCCUUUCUCAUGGGGAAAAGCAGCAGUGUAGCCCUGCAGUG